UGAAAUCGCAAUUACGGCGACCUCGCACACGGGGCCGAACCGGCUGCCGUACGAGUGCGGGCAGUGAUUUCCGGAAUGGAGUGAUUGUUCAACGGUAUCACAAAGAGUGGCGGUAUGGCAAGGCCUCCAAAGAAGAGUGGGUAUAUAGAAACGAAGGCGGAGUCAUGCUCGUCCCAAGUCCAAGACAAGGAGUUUCUUCAGGCAUUGAGGCCAUACUGGAACGGUGCCAUCGUCAUCUCCAUCGCUGCGGUCCCGUCAGGGUUUUCGAACAUGGCUCGAAGAUCCUCCAAAUUCUCCGCCUGCAACAAUGACGACGACCUAGCCUCGCUAUGCCGACACCACGUGACCAUGCUGUGCGCCGAAGAAAAGCUGUUGCUGCGGCAAUUUGAAGGCAGUCUCCACAAGAUUCGGCGCGAAGACAAUCGACUGCUCGACCGGCAAAGCUACCGCACUUCCGCCGCCCUCACCCACCUCGCCGGUCUCCGCGCCCAGUGGAAAGCCGACCUGAUCGGGCAGACCGAUGCGGCGCUUUUGCUGGCGAGCGGAUACCGUGACGACAUGCGGGCUGCGGCAAGGAGGUUGGAGAAUCAGGGUUAUGUGGGACCGUGGCAGAGACCUGGAUGGAGACAUGUGUCGGGGUAUGCGUUCUACAAGUGCGCGGGAAUUCCCCGACCAAAAUCGCUGUUUCAAGUGGCGGGGCCGCCCAGAUCUUAUGCGUUGAGUAAGUCAAAGCAGGCGGCUGCUGAGUUGGAAGCUUGUAGUGAGCGCUUGAGGGAAUUUGCUAAGAGGCUGAGACGCUGGAGGCCAAUGUCAUUCUGGGCGGCGGUGCUCGAAGAGGAAGAUAAUUCGAAUGCGAGUUGGAAAAGGGGCACGACAGCUGACAAGACGACGGCGCGAGGAAGUAGUCGUGCUCGUGGUGAGCAUGAUGAUCUCCGAGGGGGAGCGAAGAAUGGUGAACACGCCUCUGCCGCCAAUGGUGACCGUCACAGCCGAGAUGACGGGCGUCAUGAUACAUUUCCCCCUCCGAGCACACGAGGGAAGAAAGUUGUCAUUGACGAAAAUGUUCAUUGGCCAAGUUCCAGCGGCGACGAUGAUGAUUCGCUGGACGAAAUCGUCGCAUGGUAGUUUGAUCGCUUGGUGUUCCGUAAUAGUGAGCAAGCUCGAUGCAGUGCUCACAAGCCAACGAGCAAGUAAAUGAAGCUUCAAAC